AUCGAAGCAAAACGGUCCUCUUCGUCAUGUAUCCGCGUUACGGCCUCCUCCUCGUGUUCGCUUAUCACGUUGUGACUGGUCUGUCCUUACCGACGACGACCUAUGAUCAACGACAAACCGGUGAUCUAAACGUGCAAGUCCACCUGAAGGAUGUGCAAGUGGUGGCGUUGUUGGACCCGGAGAUGCUUGACGAUUACACGGAAUACGAUUAUUUCUACGAUUACGCCGACUUUACGUUGAAACCGAUCGUCAAGCCCACCACCAGUACUACAACUACCACCGAAACAGUUCCGUUAGAGCAAAUCAAUGUCUCCGAAACACCCGAUUCUUCCUCUCAAAAUUCGACAUUCCCUUCGAUCAGCGAGUCAAAUAUAAAUUCUACCAUGGAAAACGCGGAAACUCUUCUACCAGUGGACGAUGAGAAAACAAACGAAACCUUAGCUAGUUCGUCAACUGAAAGUUUAGAAAAUUCAACUAGUGACGGCAGUAUACUAAGAAUGAGGUUAAGUGACAAAAUUGGGAACCUUUUUGAGGAUAAGAAGGAAAAUCCAACGAAGCAUGAUAACUGGGAAUCAUCCACGGAGAAUCCGUCCAAAAGACUGUCUAGAAAACGGUGCAAAUUAGGAUAUUCACCGGAUGGCAAGGGUCGUUGUCGUCGUUUGAGUCAACGAAAAUUAUCGUUAAUUCCAUUGACGAUGAGAUUACCAUCAAAACUUUUAGACGAUCUAAGGCGCAGCGCAAGGAAUUUGGCGCAGGAGGAAGACGAUCGAAUGCACUUAAACUGAGCCGUGCCAUGAAUAUUCGAUGAAUCCUGUGCGAUUGUGCGGAGUUGCCUCAUGUUCCUCGUGUGACUUAAGUCGAAUUUACAUUGUUUCAUAUUGGAAGAACACGGUAGAUGAACACUUGCUUUCAUCCGCAGAUGAAACGAGGAUGAAAGCAGUGUUGCAACAAGUGUAAAACGAAACACACAAAGCGAAAGAGUGUAAAUUCGGCUUUAUGUUAAGUUACGUAUGUCCCAUCUUACAUUUCUAUUCGGCCAUAAUUUCCUUAGCCGUUGUAUAUAAUAAUAUAUAUAAGAAACAAUUAUACUUAACAGGGUUAUAAAAUUGUUGUAAUAAAUAAAUUUAUGUAUGCAUA